CAUUCCUUAUCAGCCUACAGUUAAAAUUCGGAGGCAUGGGAAGGAUCCUCCUCCUCAUCCUCCUCUCCUCCACCCUCAUCCUCCACUCUGCCCCCACCGACACCAUCACUCCGUCCCAAACUCUCGCCUCAGGACAAACCAUCAUCUCCGCUGGAGGCACUUUCGAACUAGGAUUCUUCAACGCCACCACACCUUCUAGCUCUUUCUUAGGCAUAUGGUAUCACAAAAUCCCCAUUCGCAAAAUAGUCUGGGUUGCUAACCGCAAAUCUCCGAUCACCGCCCAAAAUGCCACCUUUUUUCUAACCACUGACGGCAAUAUUCUCAUCACAGCCGGCGACGUCAACAACGGCGGCAUCAGAACUGUUUGGUCUACGAACACCUCCGGCGUAAAAAUUCCAUCUUUGAAACUCCUCGACUCAGGCAACCUCGUGCUGACUGACAGUGGAUCAAAUGCCAUUAUUUGGGAGAGCUUUGACUACCCUUCCGACACUUUACUCCCCAAUAUGAAACUCGGAUUAGACUUAAAACGUCACCUUGAAAUGCAGCUAAUGUCCUGGAAAUCUCCUGACGACCCCUCCCCGGGCUUGUACACCUUUGGCCUUGGCCAAACUGGUUCACCGGAGCUCAUACUCAAGAACGGUACAAAAAUCGAGUAUCGAACAGGGCCAUGGACUGGAGUUUCAUGGAGUGGCAUUCCCCAAAUGAACACGGAUGUCCACUUCAACUACAUCUUUGUGGUUCAACCCGACAAAAUUUUCUACACCAAUACGGUUACGGAUAAUAAAUCUAAAAUGAUUUUAACAACCCUCGAUCCCAGCGGUGGUUUGCAACUUUUGAUGUGGCUCGGCGGCCAGUGGAGGCAGUACUGCAAGCUGCAGGAGGACAAUUGCGAUCGCUACGGCACGUGCGGGGCAUUCGGGAUAUGCAACGUGUAUUACCCUGAAGGGUUUUGCAAGUGUUUACAGGGGUUUGAACCGAGCAAGAUGGCGGAUUGGACGUUGAGGGAUUAUUCAGGCGGGUGUAAGAGGAGAACGGAGUUGAAUUGCUCAGGAGGAGGGGAUGGCUUUGUUAAGAUGAGUGUGGUGAAGCCGCCGUACACAGAGAAUGUGACGGUGGUCGCUGGUCUGGGAGUGGAGGAGUGUGGUGCUUUGUGUUUGGGGAAAUGUUCGUGUGUGGCUUAUGCUGUUCUUGGUGGAAAUUGUUUGUGGUGGGUUGGUCAGUUAAUAGACAUCAAGCAGUUUGCUCAAGGAACUCAAGGAGGUGUGGAUCUCUAUCUUCGGCUAGCUGCCGCUGAUUUGGAUUCAACAAAAAGUGCCUCAAGCAAAAAGAAGUAUAUAGUUGCAGUAGUCAUCCCAUUGGGGCUAGCUUUUAUCAUAUUCUCUUGCUGUGGGAUAUACACAAUAAGAAAAAAAAGAAAGCAGAGUGUAGCAUAUGGUUAUGCCACGGAGAGCAUAAGAAAAGAGAUGGAGCUUCCCGUAUUUGAUAUGUCUGUAAUUGAGCUUGCUACAAAUAACUUUUCUGAGGGAAAUAAGCUUGGACAGGGUGGAUUUGGCCCUGUUUAUAAGGGUCAUUUGGAAGAUGGGCAAGAGAUUGCUGUCAAGAGAUUAUUCAAAUAUUCUGUUCAAGGGUUGGACGAGUUCAUGAAUGAAGUUAUGUUAAUUGCGAAACUUCAACACAGGAAUCUUGUUCGUCUUCUUGGCUGCUGCAUCCAGGGAGAGGAAAGGUUAUUGAUUUAUGAGUACAUGCCCAACAAAAGUUUGGAUUCUUUCAUUUUCGAUAAAGCAAUCAGUUCUCAGUUGGGUUGGCAAAAACGAUUUGAUAUAAUUCUUGGAAUCGCGAGAGGACUACUCUAUCUUCAUCAAGAUUCUAGAUUAAAAAUUAUUCAUAGAGAUCUCAAGGUUAGCAAUAUUCUUCUCGACAAGGAGUUGAAUCCCAAAAUUUCAGAUUUUGGCUUGGCAAGAAUUGUGGGAGGAGACCAAAUGCAAGAAAGCACACAAAAAGUGGUUGGCACAUUUGGAUACAUGUCGCCUGAGUAUGCAAUGCAUGGUAUAUUUUCAGUAAAAUCUGAUGUCUAUAGCUUUGGAGUCAUUAUACUUGAAAUCCUUACUGGUAAGAAGAAUAGAGUGGUUGAUCUAAAUGAAAGCCAUGUGAGCCUAGCAGGGCAUGCCUGGACAUUAUGGUCGGAAAAUAAAUCUCUGGAGUUGGUCGAUGAAGAGCUGAAGAAUAGCUAUCAUGAGCAAGAAGUUCUGCGAUGUAUGCAGGUUGGUCUCCUUUGUGUGCAAGAAGGGAGCGAAGAUAGGCCUACAAUGGCUUCAGUGGUUUUGAUGUUGGGCAGUGAAACCAUGACAUUGCCUCAACCUAAGAGACCUGGCUUCUAUCUCAAUGAUGAUUCUGAAGUACCAGAUUUGUCAAUGUCGGAUCAUGUCGAUUGUUCAAGAAAUGAAAUCACUCUUACAAUGAUCCAUGGUAAUAGUUUUGUCAAGUUUGCCAUGAAGAAAGGCGUUGAUGACAUCGAGUUAAAGUAUUGGCCAAUUGUUAUGGAGAGCAACUGUGAGAAAGAGCCGAAUUGUAUGGAAUUUAACUACGGGGCUGAAGGUUUCAUGGCAGUCGACACCAUAUUUCUGCUUGCAGCCUUGUGCAAUAAGAAGGGCAAUGGAGCCAUCGACGAGGCGUUUUAUUUUGUAAAUCCAUUUGGAACUGAUGAUUUGUUGGUUGGAUGGAGGAGGCACAAGGGACCUGGUGCCUUGGCUCGAAGGGCAUGGAAUUCGGCAAGCAUGGCUUUACGCCAUUCUGGUGGAGGAGGAGGGAUUGGAGAGAAAUUGUUGGAGGAUGUUGGAGACAGGCUAGGAGAAAUGGAGAAUGUAGAAGAGGCGAAUGAAUUAUUGGAGGAUUUAGUGGGAUUGUUAGAGUUUUGUUGUAGAGAAGAAUGGGUAGUAGAGGGUGUUAUGGGGAUAGGGAGAUUGGUAAUGGGAGGGAAAAGUGGUGCAACAGCUGAGAUUGGAGGGGUGACUUCUUCAGUGGUGGGAGUGGAGAUGGAAGAAAAGGUUGAUUCAUCGAAGAAAUCCGUCGGAAAUGUCGUCGGAAACUCUGCCGGAAAAAAUCCGACGACAAAUCCGUCGGAAAUUCUGUCGAAAAAAAAUAGUCGGAAAAAUUUGACCUUAAUCCGUCGGAAAUGCGCCGGAAAAACCGCCGGAAACAAUUCCGCCGGAACUCCGCCGAUGAUUGUAAAAAUACAAAGAGGUUAUGAUCGGGGUGGCCGGCGGUGGUUGGGGUGGCGGCUAGCGAGCAGCAGCAGCAGCGUGGCCAUAGAUGGUGGCAAUGGUGUAUUCAACACCUUCCAUGAAUCAUUCCUAACCAGCUUACAAUUAAAAUUCGGAGGCAUGGCAAGGAUCCUCCUCAUCCUCCUCCUCUCCUCCACCCUCAUCCUCCACUCCGCCCCCACCGACACCAUCACUCCGUCCCAACCUCUCGCCGCAGGACAAACCAUCAUCUCCGCCGGAGGCACUUUCGAACUAGGAUUCUUCAACGCCACCACAACUUCCAGCUCUUUCUUAGGCAUAUGGUAUCACAAAAUUCCCAUUCGCAAAAUCGUAUGGGUCGCUAACCGUAAAUCUCCGAUCACCGCCCAAAAAGCCACCCUUUUUCUAACCACCGACGGCAAUAUUCUCAUCACCGCCGGCGACGUCAACAGCGGGGGCAUCAAAACCGUUUGGUCGACGAACACCUCCGGCGUAAAAAUUCCAUCUUUGAAACUCCUCGACUCAGGCAACCUUGUGCUGACCGACGGUCGCUCAAAUGCCAUUAUUUGGGAGAGCUUUGACUACCCUUCCGACACUUUACUCCCCAAUAUGGAACUCGGUUUAGACUUAAGACGUCACCUUGACAAGCACCUCAAGUCUUGGAAAUCCCCCGACGACCCAUCGCCGGGCUUGUACACCUUCGGCCUUCACCACACCGGUUCAUCGGAGCUCGUACUCUGGAACGGUUUAAACAUCAAGUUUCGAACCGGGCCAUGGACCGGAGUUUCAUGGAGCGGCAGCCCCCACGUCUCGGAUGACCACUUCAUUUGCUCCUUUGUGGUUCAACCCGACAAAGUUGUCUACACAUACGAAAAGGUUAAUACAUCUGCAAUGUCUAUAUCAAGCGUCGAUCCUAGCGGCAAGUUGCAACGGUUGGUGUGGCUCGGCGGCCAGUGGAAGCUGUACUUCACGCUGCUGCAGGACGAUUGCGACCGGUACGGCACUUGCGGGGAGUUCGGGAUAUGCAACGUGGGUUACCCUGAAGGGAUUUGCAGGUGUUUACACGGGUUUGAACCGAGCACGAUGGUGGAUUGGACGUUGAAGGAUUAUUCGGGCGGGUGUAAGAGGAGAACGGCGUUGGCUUGCUCUGGAGGAAGGGAUGGCUUUGUUAAGGUGAGUGGUGUGAAGCCGCCGGACACGGAGAACGUGACGGUGGUCGCUGGCCUAGGAGUGGAGGAGUGUGGUGCUUUGUGUUUGGGGAAAUGUUCGUGUGUGGCUUAUGUUUUGCUUGGUGGGAAUUGUUUGUGGUGGGUUGGUCACCUAAUGGACAUCAAGCAGUUUGCUCAAGGAACUCAAGGAGGUGUGGAUCUCUAUCUCCGGCUAGCUGCGGCUGAUUUGGAUUCAGCAAAAAGUGCCUCAAGCAAGAAGAAGUAUAUAGUUGCAGUAGUCAUCCCAUUGGGGCUAGCUUUUAUCAUAUUCUCCUGCUUUGGGAUAUAUACAUUAAGGAAGAAAAUAAAGCAGGGUGUAGCACAUGGUUAUGCCACGGAGAGCAUAAGAAAAGAGAUGGAACUUCCCGUAUUUGAUAUGUCUGUAAUUGAGAUGGCUACAAAUAACUUUUCUGAGGGAAAUAAGCUUGGACAGGGAGGAUUUGGCCCUGUUUAUAAGGGUCAUUUAGAAGAUGGACAAGAGAUUGCUGUCAAGAGAUUAUUCAAAUAUUCAGUUCAAGGGUUGGACGAGUUCAUGAAUGAGGUUAUGCUAAUUGCAAAACUUCAACACAGGAAUCUAGUUCGUCUUCUUGGCUGCUGCAUCCAGGGAGAGGAAAGGUUAUUGAUUUAUGAGUACAUGCCCAACAAAAGUUUGGAUUCUUCCAUAUUCGAUAAAACAGUCAGCUCUCAGUUGGAUUGGCAAAAACGAUUUGAUAUAAUUCUUGGAAUCGCACGAGGACUUCUCUAUCUUCAUCAAGAUUCUAGAUUAAAAAUUAUUCACAGAGAUCUCAAGGUUAGCAAUAUUCUUCUCGACAAGGAGUUGAAUCCCAAAAUUUCUGAUUUUGGCUUGGCAAGGAUUGUUGGAGGAGAACAAAUGCAAGAAAGCACACAAAAAGUGGUUGGCACAUUUGGAUAUAUGUCGCCUGAGUAUGCAAUGCAUGGUGUAUUUUCAGUAAAAUCUGAUGUCUAUAGCUUUGGAGUUAUUGUACUUGAAAUCCUUACUGGUAAGAAGAAUAGUGUAUUUGAUCCAAAUGAGAGCCAUGUGAGCCUCGUAGGGCAUGCCUGGACACUAUGGUCAGAAAAUAAAUCCCUGAAGUUGGUCGAUGAUGCGCUGAAUUAUGGCUAUCAUGAGCAAGAAAUUCUGCGAUGUAUGCAGGUCGGUCUCCUUUGUGUGCAAGAAGGGAGUGAAGACAGGCCUACUAUGGCUUCAGUGGUUUUGAUGUUGAGCAGUGAAACCAUGACAUUGCCUCAACCUAAGAGGCCUGGUUUCUAUCUCAAAGAUGAUUAUGAAGUACCAGAUUUCUCAAUGUCGGAUCCUGUCGAUUGUUCCAGAUAUGAUAUCACUCUUACAAUGAUCCAUGGUAGAUAGAGAAGUUGAACCAAAACCUAUUAAUAGCCAGGGUGGUAUAAAUGAUUGUGAUAAUGUGGCUGGCGCCCAACUAAUUAAUCAAGAUGUUGCCGAUGUAUGGACUAUUUUUGCAUAGCCAUUGUAUAUUUCAAGAUUAUUAUAGGUAGGAAGUUGUGUGCUACUUCUCAAAAGUGAUAUUCUUCAUCACUCAACAGUGCAGCUACUUGAUGUGUUUGUUAUUAGUUAUGCUUUUAUGGCUUAUAGGCAACAUAAGCGCUGCAGUUGCUUUAUAUUGCUCUUUAGUCUCUGAUUUGUUUAGGUAUUUCAAUAAAGCUGAGCUUGAUUUGGUUUGCAGUCAACUCCCAAUUGUAAAUCGAAUAAUAUUUCUAAUGCAGAUCGAAAAAUACUUUUCUUGUUGUUUA